UAACAAACAAGACACUCGUGUCGACUUCUCGUCUCUUUCAAUUAAUUUCGACGUAAAAAAUGACAACCAAAGGACCGUAUGUCGAAUCUUGGGAAGAUUUCGCCAAAAGAGCCGAGCUUCUGUACCUAAACAAUCCAGAUAAGAUUAGAUUUGUUGUCAAGUAUAGAAACUGUGAUGGAAAUCUUGUAUUGAAGAUAACAGAUGACAAAGUUUGCUUGAAAUACAGAACAGAGCACGCACAGGAUGUAAAGAAACUAGAAAAGUUGAACAGUGUUUUGAUGAGGCAUAUUUGUACAAAAUAAACCUGGGGAUUUUAGCAAUCUAAAUUGAGUUGUUAGAACUGUAUUUGCUCCAUAAAUUGUAUAUUAUAACUUUUGCAAAACUAUAUAGAUGCUUGA